GUAGAGAAGUAGCUUCUCUCAAUAUUACUGGUACCAUCCGUAUCCGUCGGUUAUUCGUCAGGACUGAAUUGGCGGUGUUUAUCGAUUGAGUAUUAGUUUGAGGGUGUGUUAUGUGGUUUACCGCGCUACUGCUCUCAUUGAAGUAUACCACGGUAUUGGCAUGGACGACUCAAGAAUUUUUCAUCUACGAUUUAGUGGAGGAAGUGGGUGAAAGCUUUUACGAUUUUUACGGAAUUUCAAAGGAUGCAGAGAUUUCAAAUAUCAAAAAAGCUUAUCGCCGAUUGAGUAUGGAGUGGCAUCCAGAUCGUAAUCCAGAUAAAAAAGCAGAAGAGCAAUUCAGGAAGAUCGCUGCCAUUUACGAGGUUUUGAAAUCGCAUAAUUUAAGGGAGGAAUACGACCGUAUUCUAGAAAACGGUCUUCCCGAUUGGAGACAACCUGUGUUUUACUAUCGACGUGCUCACAAAUUAUCCUGGUUUGAAGGAGUGGUCAUACUUUUAACAAUUUGUUCGAUUGGUCAUUAUUUCAUGCUAUGGGGUGCUUACAUAGAUAAGUAUUUGACAUUGUCCUCAGGUCGUAGCAAAUUGCGUAAGAAGGAAAUUCGACAACUGAAAAAGAUUGGAAGUGAUGCUGAGACUGUACAUGAGGCAGAAAUAGCUGAAAAGCUUUCCAGUAUCUUUCCGUCCUGGCAAAAUUCCUUACCGGCAUUGCUCAUAUCACUGCUGUAUAAUGUUGCUGUUUCAUUACCAGAUUUUGUCCGUGCCUGUAUCACUGUGUAUCACUCUAAAGUUGAAAAGUCUGAGAAGGAUAACGGCGACGAAGUUUCUUUCCGUCGUAAUGUUGCAAUACGGCAACCUGUUUAUGAAUACGUUGUAGCUUCGGAUGUAAAACCAGUCCUUUCUUGUGUUUUCAGUGAAGAUUCUGCUGGAAAAUCAGAUUCGGAAAAUGGUGAUGUUAUACACAGCGGUUCAUGGACUAGUGAGGAAUUGACACUGCUUGUUAGGCUGAGCACCGAGAAAUAUCCUGCAGGCACACCCAAUAGGUGGGAAUUGUUGGCAAAAGCAUUGGAUCGGUCACCGCAAAGCAUAACUUCUAUGGUCGGUAAAUUAAAGCAGAUGAAAACGGAUGAGUAUGCGAACUUAUUACGUAGCUCACAAUCAAAUGUUAUUGUGCAGAAUGAUGCGCAUAUGAAAUUGCUAAAGCAGUCAAGCCAACUUUCUCAUGAAAAAUCAAAUAACUGGAGUAAUUCAAGGGAAGAUAGCGACAAUGAAAAAGAAAAGAUCUCAAUGGUAUGGUCGGACUGUGAUCAAAGGUUGUUUGAAACAGCACUUCAGGAAUUUCCGAAAGGAACUGCUGAUCGGUGGGACAAAAUUGCUAACUGUGUAUCCAGUAAAACUAAACAGCAGUGUAUCGAACGAUUCAAAUAUUUGUCGGAAAUAGUUCGACAAAGGAAAUCACAUCACAAAAAUACGAAGAAGUAGUGUAUGGAUAUUUGUAUAGUGAUGAUAUGAAUGUUCUUUUUUGGUUGUGCAGAGUACUGUGUUUCCAGAAUUGCGACUAUUCUGUCAGCAGAGUAACUUUGAUUAUGUGAUAUGAUUAUGUCAAGCGAAGCUAUAAUAAAGGUAAGCAACCUUGUCUGCACUUUACUUGUUAAGACGGAUUAGAAGUUAAAAUCUUAAUGAUUAGAUUGGUCUUCGCUUUGCAGCUCUAUUAUACUGUUACAUUGUGAAUUUAAUGAAUUUAAUCCAAAACGCUGUGAUUUCCUUGACUUUCAUAAGCUUGUCUCAAAAUCUGAAUUCGGUAGCACUUGUUUUCCCUGUACACCAUUUUAAAUUUGAAUUUCCAAAUCUAAAUUGUAAGAUAGAAGGUUUUCAGAAAUGCUGCAAGGUUUCGUUUGUAAUAUUUUCUCAGAUAUCUUUCAUAUCAUGAUAAUAAUAUUUUCAGAACAAAAAAGUUUUCUUUUUUCACUUUCUACAGUGGUUAACUGUAAGAGGGUUUUGAGGGUUUUAUUGUUUUAUUUGUGCCAUAGAUUGUCAUGCUGUAAAUUCGAUUUUUUCAUGAAGUAUACGCUAUGCAGAUUGUCAUUUCCAGCUAAUAAUUCAAAUCAAAUAAAAGUUACGAAUUCAG